GUUGGUAGACCUCAGUCCCGAUCGGGUGACCCAGGAGCGGCAGAUGAACAUGUGGGGAAAGUGGAGGCGCUGGCGGAACCCAGGCGCUCGGGACUCGAUGCCCACCCGGACGUCUGCGGCGGUUGCGCGGGCGGAACCUAGGCGGUCGGGGCUUGGCUCUUGCUGGGACCUGUGCGGCGGCAGCGCGGGCGUAAGAGCAGAGCUUGCAGGGACAGGCCUUGGUGAGUAUGCCGCGGUCGUGGGAUGUCCUCCGUGUCCGCCGCACCGGGAGGGGGCUGCGGAGCCUGGACCAUGCAGAGCCUACCAAUCAUUCCUGUGCCGGUGCCGGUGCUGCGCCUCCCUCGGGGCCCGGAUGGCUUCAGCCGAGGCUUUGCCCCUGAUGGACGCAGGACCAUCCUGAGGCCAGAAGUCGGAGAAGGUCGUAUUCAAGAUCCGCCAGAGUCACAGGAACAGCGGGCCCGAGCCGCUCUGCGGGAGCGCUACCUCCGAAGCCUCCUAGCCAUGGUGGGCCACCCUGUGAGUUUCACACUGCACGAAGGUGUACACGUGACUGCCCAGUUUGGUGCCACAGACCUGGAUGUAGCUAACUUCUACGUUUCCCAGCUGCAGACUCCCAUAGGUGUGCAGGCGGAGGCCCUGCUUCGAUGUAGUGACAUAAUUUCCUAUUCCUUCAAGCUGUGAAGACUGUCUGCUCUUUCUCUUGUGGGCAUUGCCGCAGUAGCCCAGGCCUCUGUUCUCAGCACCUUCCUGGACUUCGAAAGCAAGCGCCAACAAACUCUGGCUUUGGACUCAGAGGCACACCAAACCAGUGACCACCUGGGGCUGGCUGCUGAUAACCCUGGCUCUCAAGAGGCUGCGGUGGGAAGAUCAUAAAUUCAAGGGAGGACAGGCUGUGCCACAGUGGGAGACUGCAACCACAGACAUCCUAGAUCUUUCGUGUUGAAAGGAAUGUUCUGCCUCACACUAGUGAACUUUACAGAAAUAAAUUCCAAGGCUAGGCCUUGCAGGCUGAG